AUGGCCAGCCAUAUGAACGAGUACUUCCGCCCAGUGCGGCAAUUGGACGCAGAGAAUAUCACUUUCGCGGCAGGCGUAACAGCCUUGAACGAGGCAUGCGCUCUUGCUCUCUGUGAUCCAGGGGAUGCGAUUCUCCUCGGCCAGUACAAUUAUGGCGCUUUCCCAACAGACCUUGUUGCUCGGACUGGACUAUCGUUUGUCUACGCAGCGUUCGGCGACUCGGAUCAGUUCUCGGAAAACUGCGUGAAGCAUUUCGAAGCUGCAUAUGACCAGGCCAGGCAGAACGGGGUCAAUAUUCGGGCGUUGCUUCUUUGCAGCCCUCACAACCCUCUGGGACGCUGCUAUUCGCAAGCUGCCCUGCGAGGCCUAGCAAAGUUCUGUGAGAAGAACGACCUGCACUUGAUCAGCGACGAAAUAUACGCUUUAACGGUGUACCAACGACCGAGGCAUGCUAACGAGUCCUUCACGUCCGUCCUCGCCAUUGACGAAGGCAUUAUCGAUCCGGACCGAGUACAUGUCCUGUAUGGCUUCUCGAAGGACUACGCAGCCGGGGGUCUUCGACUAGGCUGCGUGAUCUCCCACAACAGGGCAUUUACGCAAGCCGUCCGUGGCGGCGUGUGCCGCUUUUCCUCGCCGUCGCACUUUUCGAUGGACAUAGCAACGAAGAUGCUGGAAGACCGUCCAUUCAUCAUCAGGUUCCUACAGGACAGCAUUGAGGCACUGGCGAGACAGCGUGUGCUCGUUGAGGCGUUGCUUGACCAGUCGAGGAUCAGUCACUUGAAGGAAGGUAACGCUGGCCUCUUCAUUUGGCUCGACCUGAGCGAGUUUCUCGACCCAUAUCAGCAGCUCGACGACGGCUGGGCAGCAGAAGCCGCGCUGGCGGCCAAAUUGGCCGCUGGAGGGGUUGUCCUGUCGACUGGCAAACGGUACCAGUCGCCCAAGCCGGGCAACUUCAGGAUGAUCUUCUCUUAUGACGAGGGAACGCUACGGGAGGGAAUUAAGAGGUAA